ACUCGUCGACAAGAGGAUUCUUGUACUUGGCCAAGAUGGUUUCCACUGCUGUGAUGAUGAUGGUGUUGGUGUUGGCUGGUGUCCUGGUGGUGGUCCUGGCCAGACCUGAGGCAGCACCUCUCCCAGGAUAUCUUGGCUAUGGCGGCUAUGGCGGCUAUGGUGGAUAUGGUGGAUACGGUGGCUACGGUGGCUACGGUGGCUACGGUGGCUACGGUGGCUACGGGGGGUAUGGACGCGGUUUUGGUGGAUUCGGAUAUGGAUACGGACGAUGAGGUUUAAGUAAGGUCAGCUGGGUUUACUCUUGGGUUUAUAUCCUCAAUGAAUAAUGUUUUUCUUACACUCUCCCACCAUACUACUUGGUUUAUCACAGAACUGAAAACAUUGGCUCUUAGAAGCCUAGUAAGCACCUCAGUCAAAGACCUAUGACCUUCCCAACCAUUUCCUUCUGCCCUAAACAAAUAAUUUACAAUAACCAAUGUAUAUUUUCUUCUUAUACAGAGACUCGCCGUGACAAACAUCUGAACAUC